AUGCCACAGGCAGCCACCGUUCCUUGCCAGUACCGCACCGGAAGGACGCUCGGCAGCGGAACAUAUGCCAUCGUCAAGGAGGCCGUACACAUCAAGACCGGGAAGUACUAUGCGUGCAAGGUCAUCAACAAGAAGCUCAUGGAGGGCCGAGAGUUCAUGGUCCGAAACGAGAUUGCAGUGUUGAAGAAAAUCUCCAGUGGACACCCACACAUAGUCACACUUCACGAUUACUUCGAGACUUCGAAUAACCUGUAUCUCUGCUUCGAUCUCUGCACUGGAGGAGAACUCUUUGACCGUAUAUGUGCAAAGGGUAACUACCAUGAACCGGAUGCUGCCGGACUCGUGCGGACGAUCAUGAACUCCGUGAAGUACAUUCACGAGGCCGGUAUCGUGCACAGAGACUUGAAACCCGAGAACCUGCUGUUCCGGACGCCUGCCGAGGACGCGGAUAUCAUGAUCGCUGACUUCGGUCUCAGUCGUGUUAUGGAUGAAGAGCGAUUCCACCUACUCACCGAGAUUUGUGGUACGCCUGGAUAUAUGGCUCCGGAGAUCUUCAAAAAAACUGGCCAUGGCAAGCCCGUCGAUAUUUGGGCCAUGGGCGUGAUCACUUAUUUCCUCCUUGCUGGUUACACUCCCUUCGAUCGCGAUACGCAACACCAGGAGAUGGAAGCCAUCAUCGCCGGCGACUAUAAGUUUGAGCCACAGGAAUACUGGGCGAACGUCUCCGACACCGCCAAAGACUUUGUCUCGGAAUGUCUCACUAUCGACCCACAAUCUCGGCCAAGCGCCGCCCAGAUGCUCCAACACCGUUGGCUCGCGGACUCCACGCCACACUUCGUGCCCGACCCGUCCAGCCCGCAUGGUGGGCCUUACGAUCUCUUGCCUCAGAUCCAGAAGAGGCUGGACGCGAAGACGAGGUUCAAGAGGGCGGUGUGGAGUAUAACGGCUAUGAAGCGCAUGUCGAUGUUGGUCAACUUGUCGCCUGUAGCUGCAGAACUCGGGAAGAACAUCGAUGUGUACAAGGAGGAGUCAGAAAAGGUACGCUUACCUCCUCCUCAAUGCACCUCCACUCAACUUCUCCCAUAUGCCACCGAAAUGAACCGAUAA